UACGGACAGUACCAUGUCUACAGUGUACACAGUACGUGAAGGCUGGGGUGGCCCAAGUGGCCUUGACCCUCAGGUCAGCUUCGAGAGUUCCAACAGCUGGUACUCCAUCAGCAGUCAGACUCAGUUCCUGAAAGGGAAGACGGAAAAGAUGACUACAUCGAAAGUGUCGACCAAGAGGGAAACUGGCAGCACGGACAGGAGAAGUUGAGCAACGAGUGUGGAAUUGGAACUAUCCGACCAAAGUGUUUAAAACAGUGCGCAAAUAUCAAGCUGUUUGUGUUUUUUUCAUGUGUGUGCUCCUUACGACACGACGAAGCUUGUCAACUGGGUACCUAAACAGUGUUAUAACGACUAUUGAGAAGAGGUUCGAGAUUGGCAGUUCAAUAUCAGGGCUUAUCGCAGCUUCGCAUGAAUUUGGGUCCCUUGUUGCUGUUAUUUUGUAAGUUAUUUAGGUGGCAGGAGAAAUAUACCAAAAUGGAUUGGCUUUGGCAUUAUUUUCAUGGGAAUUGGGGCACUACUUUUGCAAUGCCACAUAUCAUUGGGCCAAAAUACACCGGCCCACAAUGGCUAUGAUGUGUCAAAUAAAACUGAUGUCAGUAUUUGCAAGCCGCCCAGGAGCAAAUAGAGGAGGUUAUUUUUCAACAGAUUGUAUAGAUGAGAAUUCUGGGAACUGGAUGUACGUGUUGAUACUGGUUGUGGCACAGAUAUUUAUUGGGACUGGAGGCACACCAAUUUUGACCCUUGGAACGACAUACGUUGAUAAUCACGUGGUCAAGGAAAAGGCACCCGCUUACCUAGCUUUCAUCUAUGCAACUGGUGCACUAGGUCCAGUCCUCGGCUACGCUCUUGGGGCGCUUCUCCUCCAGUACUACGUCGAUACCUUCAUCUACGACGUGGGACUCACCACAUCCAGUCCCAACUGGAUUGGGGCGUGGUGGGGCGGCUUCAUUAUCUGUGGGCUCUUACUCCUGAUGCUGGCUGUUCCUUUCCUUGCCUUCCCUAAAAUUCUCAUCCAGGAAAAGAGGAAGCUGAUGGAGCUCAAGGCCAAGGAGGACCUGUUGUCUCAGGAGGAGGAUGAAGACAAGGAGUAUGGGAAGACUAUUAAAGAUAUCCCCCGGUCCAUGCUACGCCUAUUGAAGAACUCUGUGUAUAUAGUUGUGUGUCUGGGAAUUUGUUGUGAAAUCUCUAUUGUGAGUGGAUUUGUCGUCUUUCUUCCAAAAUACAUCGAGACCCAAUUUGGUACUUCUACAUCCGUCGCUAACUUAUUUACAGGUGGUAUCGGUAUUCCCGGUGCCGUCGUUGGAAUCCUGAUUGGCGGCUAUCUCAUCAAGCGAUUACAGUUGCAGCCUAAAGGUGCCAUCCAGUUGACCUUGGUGCUGAAUGGUCUAGCUCUCUGUGGCUUCACAUUCUUCUUCUUCCUCGGCUGUGACAAUCGCAAAAUAGCAGGAGCCACUUUCCCAUACUUCAACAGCACUGGGCACAAGAUCUUUGAGGCGAACCUGACGUCGUCCUGUAACCAGAACUGUGACUGCUCUCCGAACCACCUGGAACCAAUCUGUGGCAUCAACGGCAUCACCUACUUCUCCCCUUGCCACGCAGGAUGCACUGGCUCUAACCGCUUCUACAACCAAGACAACCAGUAUGAGAGAAUGUUUAACUACAGUGGUUGUUCCUGUAUCAUGGACCAAGACCAUGUACAGUUUGACCACGAGGUCAUCAUGUCGCCCCUGGCAACCAGUGGGCCGUGCAAGAACACAUGCGAGAAGAUACUGCCGUUCCUCAUCCUUCUUGUUGUCAUGACGUUCUGCGUGUCUGGGACGCAGAUGCCAUUGCUGAUGGUGACAUUAAGGUCUGUUGGAGAAGAAGAAAGAGCGUUUGCCCUCGGAAUGCAGUUUGUUAUCAUGAGACUGUUUGCUUAUAUACCUGCCCCGAUCAUGUUCGGUAACGCCAUCGACACUGCAUGUCUGCUAUGGAAACAGAAAUGUCGGGACUAUGGGCAGUGUCUCUUGUAUGACAUCGUGCAGUUCAGAUACAAAUACGUUGGUAUUGGUGCUGGGCUGAAGAUCUUGGGUCUGCUCUUCUUCACGGGUGUCUGGUUCCUCCUCCGCCACAGAAGCCUUACAGAAACCCGCACAGAGUUGACGGUUCAAGACAUCAUGAGUUCUAUGAGUUCUAUAGACAAACUAGACUUUGAUCACCGACAAAGACUGAAGGAGCCGGACAAGGCCUACCCUGACGAUGCGACUGAGUCACACGACCCGGAGCCUUCUGCUUGUGAUGUGAUGGUACAGCGAGAGGUCUUCACCUGUUCCACCCCGAGGGAAUCUGUUUUGUGAUACUUGUGAUCUGGGGACAUCAGUCAUGAUGAAAUGCAAAAGAAUGUUGACUGUCCAUAUUUGCUGAACGAUACGUGAUAGUAUAAGUCUCGUGCAGAAUGACUGUUAUAUGUAGAAGAUGUACUGUACAUAUGUAAUACCACAAUCCUCUCUUGACACGCCACCAGUGUGCUGGCACCCAGUGUAUCAGUCUGAGAUACAAUGUUCUGAGAUAUGUGUUUACAUUUACAGACAAAGUAAAUUCUGUAAAUUACCAGUCAGGUCAUAAUUAUCAACACUGACCUUUGAAAAAAAAAAAGAGAAAAAUAAGACCAAUAAAUUCAGGUAAAAGUACCCUGAAGUCUAGAGUACUCACAAUGUAAUGUUCAUGUCUGACCAGGAACGGGGUUGUUGUGUGUAUUGAUUGGUUGGAAGGUGGAAAGUGAAGAAAAACAGCAUGACAGGAGGCAUUGUCAUGGACGUAUGCAAUAUUUUACUAUGACACUAACUGUAUGACAGAGGAAGAAAUGCCUUUGAGCGCCAGUGCUUAAAUGGUUCAACUUUAUUAGGAAAAUUAUUUUAUGUAAGUGUUUGUUUUUGUUCUUGUUGCAGAAAAGUUGUUUUUCUAUGUAUCCAAAAUUAUUUUGUGUUAUACAUUGUUUGGAAGGGCAUAGGUGUCCAAGCAGUUUCAGAAGUUAUAAUUUACUUUAUAGAUUUAUGGCCCUUAGGUGUACCAGGAUCCGCUGAUUUGCACCCAUUAUGAUCCUAGAUAUAUAUUGUCAGCACCAUUUAUGUGCAUAUGGGAUUCAUCAAAGUGGUAAAUAUCACCUUUUAUUGUUCAGUGAUAUUCCCAAUAUCACUUUACUGUUUAACAUAGGUUAUACUGUUGACCAAUCAACUGGCUUUGAACAUAUCAUCAAAGGUACAGAUGCUUUCAUCAUGUAUUGACCAUAUCAACCAACUUUCAGAUACAUUUUAUCAAGUAUUGUCGUCAAACUGACCAAUCAAAUAUUUGAUCACAUAAGCUGAGGUACAUAUACUUUUCAUCAAGUAUUAUGAUCAAACUGUUCAUCCAUGAUAAACUAUUAUCCACUGAAAUGUAUCUAAAUUUCGUGGAAGAUAUGUAUUAAGUAAAAGUUCCCAGUUCUUUCAUCUCACUAUAGUUUACAUCUCAUGCCAUGGCAGAUCAACUAUAGUAAUGUAAAAGAAUCAACUGAUCCUUGUUUUGGUAUGUAUUUAAUUAUAACUGAUCUUAUCAAGUUUGCAGUUAAAGAACCAGUUAUUGAGGUGUAUGUUGUAUAAAAACCUGCACAAUGUGAAGACUGUAUGAAAUCAUAAAGUGUUUUUUGCUGUUAGCUUUCAAUUGGUAAAGAGCCUCUAUGAUACACGGUACAUUUGAUUUGCUGAACGGGUUCACUGUGUGUUCUCACUCGUGUCCUCAAGACUGAAAGCCUUGAUAUUUGAUAUUGCUGAAUCCCAGGGAUUAUACAUGCUGGAUGCAUUACAUUAGCCCGAGGCAAGGUCUGACCGACUGACUGAGUUUAGUUUUACGCCGCUUUUAGCAAUAUCCCAGCAAUAUCACGGCGGGGGACACCAGAAAUGGGCUUCACACAUUGUGCCCAAGUGGGGAAUCGAACCCGUGUCUUCGGCAGGACGAGCGAACGCUUUAACCACUAGGCUACCCCGACGCCCCCCGAGUCAAGGAAGUUAACUGACUGUAAAGAUUGUUUCCAACCCUGUCACACUAGGCAUGAAUUUCAUUUCUUUUCGUGGUACCACUGACUGGUAUGAGUUAUGUCCCUUCUUUGGUCCUAUCUACCAAUAGGAUUCCACCUGUCAUAUGACUUGCAUUUGCUACAAUAGAAUGGAGGAGAACAGUCGCGAUUAUUUUGUAGACAAUGAAGACCUUUAUUGUAACAAUACAGGACUUACCUCACAAAGUGCAUCAUCAACUUGAUUAACAAAGAAAACAGGAAAUUAUAAAAAAAAGGGGUGGUUCACAUGCAUUGGAAAUCCUGUAAUCGACCAAAAUAUGCACUGCAGUUACCAUAAUGUGUAUGAACUGGAUGUCGAUUUUGUUUAGCAAAUUUAAUUGGGCUGUGGAUAUAAUUACAGUCCAGCAAAAAUGUAACUUCAUAAGUCCAGCCAAAAUGUAACUUCAUAAUUCCAGCCUAGUUCUCCAAGGUUGGACAGUGGACUUUCAUAGUGAGUUAUCUGCCUUGCCUCAGGAACACGGUAGCUUCAAUGUGUUUGAGAUACAAUAUUGUACUUCUUUUCACAAAACCCAUGUCACGAGAGAUAUAUUUAACUUGUUCGUUUAAUAGUUUGAAAUGUAGUUUUAUGUUCUGAUGUUGUUUCUACAGGACACUUAUCAGUGAUGGGUAUUGAAACUGUUACCAUGGUUACUAUACUUCCUAUGGUGUAUUUGUUUUUAUGUACAGCACCGUUUGUUUUAUGUAUUUUAUAUAUUUUGUUAAUCAGUUGUCCAGAGAUAUUACACUUCAUACUAUUACCUCACUAACGCUGGGCCAUAUCAUUUCUUUUUAAAUGGGAAUAUGCACUUUGAACAUGUGUGUGUCCUAUUUUGUGUGUAUUUUGUAAAUGUUCUAUUUCAAAAUAUCCUUAGGAAAGUAAUACAUCAAACCUGAUUUUCAAAAAUGACAUUAUUUUGCCACCCGAUUGUUGGCGUAUUGACCAAGAACAUCAGCUUGGCCUGGCCGAAGUAUUUAAGCUCAGUCUGUUAUAUGUUAUUAUGGCACUAUUGCACUCAUUGUUUUUUCAUAACAUGUUAUGUGGGGACCAUUCUGAUAUUAUUGCAUUAGUAGUUCUCCUUGUUUCAAGCAUUCUAUCCUACUCAAAGUAAGUUGCAGAACACCCCAAUCUUUUCAUUACUAUGGUUCAUCCGGGGCGGUGGGGUUCGCCCGUCACGCUGAAGGUCUGGGUUCAAUUCCUCACAUGGGUACAAUGUGUGAAGCCCAUUUCUGGUGUCCCCCGCCGUGAUGUUGCUGGAAUAUUGCUAAAAGCGGCGUAAAACCAUAUUCACUCACUCACUCACUAUGGUUCAUCUGUCAUGACAACUAUAGUGGAGAGUCAGGUGUUCUCUAAUUUCUUUUGGGCAGUAUAUAAUCAGUUGACAUCGAAAUUCACCAAGGGCAGAUGUGGAGAGUGAUUUCUCUGGCAGGUUUGGAAGGAGAAAUGGUGUUAUGUUUUUAUCAGUUCUCACUAUAUUCUGCCUCACACUUGUCCAUCCAGCACUAUUUUCUGUAUAGAGCAAAUCAGGAGACUGGCACUAUCUCAGAGUUUUAUUUUACUGGUUGUAAAUGGCUGUCGUUGUAGUAGGAUAGACAUUUAACAUGAAGCUAUAAGGAGUGAUUGUACGUCUUUGAAUGGCCUUUUGUAUGGUGAUGUCACCUAUGUAUAUUAGGACAUCCCCAUGAUGGAUGGGAACGUUGCCUUUGUGGAUGGUGACAGCAUCUUUGUAUAUAGGUAAGGCAUUUUUCUACCUUGAGAGUCCCACUACUAAAGGAAGAUGUCUUUGUAUAGGUUUGUCUUGGUAUUUGGAGAGAGUCCUUUUGUACAUGGGAAGGUUAGGUGUAACUUGGCCUCUCUGGGCACUAGGAAUGGUCCUUGGUACUGUUUCUUGAUUACUAUUUCUUCAUGAAUAGUUUGACUGACCUUGACCACUCGUGAUGAACAUAAGCUGUACAGCUGUAGGACCUGUUUUGAAGGCAGCUCACCAAGUACCUUACUUCACUUCUCAGGCUACUGACAAUUUGCAUGCAGGUAUAUGUUAAUGUCAUUUGUGGAGAUAUUUGAACUUCAGUGGAGCACAUUGUGGAAACAGGGGACUUGAGACACUCCUUCAUGUUGUGAAGCUGCACGAACACCUCAUAAAGGAGGGCUUGUUUGGUAAGAUGGCAGUACUCUGUCAUGAUUCAGUGGAGCACAGUGUGGAAACAGGGGACUUGAGACACUCCUUCAUGUUGUGAAGCUGCACGAACACCUCAUAAAGGAGGGCUUGUUUGGUAAGAUGGCAGUACUCUGUCAUGAUUCAGUGGAGCACAGUGUGGAAACAGGGGACUUGAGACACUCCUUCAUGUUGUGAAGCUGCACGAACACCUCAUAAAGGAGGGCUUGUUUGGUAAGAUGGCAGUACUCUGUCAUGAUUCAGUGGAGCACAGUGUGGAAACAGGGGACUUGAGACACUCCUUCAUGUUGUGAAGCUGCACGAACACCUCAUAAAGGAGGGCUUGUUUGGUAAGAUGGCAGUACUCUGUCAUGAUUCAGUGGAGCACAGUGUGGAAACAGGGGACUUGAGACACUCCUUCAUGUUGUGAAGCUGCAGGAACACCUCAUAAAGGAGGGCUUGUUUUGUAAGAUGGCAGUACUCUGUCAUGAUUCAGUGGAGUAGUGAGCAUUUCAUGUGUUCCGUUCCAUCGACUGACACAGUACCUCGUGUCCACGCUGUGAUGUUUCUAAUAUAAAUUUAAAAAGACGUUAAAGAAGCCCCAAAGUUGUCACGA